AUGUGGAUGUUCCUUUCGGACUCUGGGGAUGUUCCCUUCGGACUAUGGGGAUGUUCCCUUCGGACUAUGGGGAUGUUCCCUUCGGAUUGUGGAGCUGUUCCCUUCGGACUAGGGGAUGUUCUUUUCGAACUAUCGAGAUGUUCCCUUCGAGCUUCGAUGUUCCCUUCACACUAUAGAUCAUCCCUUCGGACUAUUGAUCACCCCCAUUAAAACUCUUGACCCCCCUCCCCCUAACUAUAAAAUUUCUUUUGGUCACUUCGCCCAGUUCUAGUUGGUCAUUUCAUUCUCUCCCACCCAUUUUUCUUCAUUUUCACUUUUUUUUCAUUUUCUUUCUUCAGUGUUCGUCCUGUCCCUCCCCCACCCCGCAGCGUUUCGUCGCUCUCAACAAAAUUUUUAUUUUACAUUUUUUUCUUUUAUUUCACUCUCAUUUCACUUUUCCAAAUGUCCACUCCCUCCACCACAUUUUCAAUCCCCCGAAAAAUUAUAAAAAAAAAGCCCCCACAUCCCCCCACACAUCCCCCUUUGAGUGGACAG